AAUUUCGAACCAGAUCACUCUGUGUGCAAAAGCGCUCUCUUUUGGAAUAGAGAGGUUGUUUGUAUGCAAAUUAUUUUUCUUUUUCAUUACAAAUUUUCAUUUUCUUUUGCAGGUUCGAUUUCAUUCAUUUUUUUUUAUUUCUUACACAUUUUCAUGAAAAUUGAAAUCUUGUUCUGUUUUGCCGUCUACCGCCAAAACUGCUACUGAAUUUGAAGGCAAAAAAGUCCCGCGUUUUGAACCACUCACACUCACUUCCCCUCCAAUAUUUUUCAAAUUUCUUCACCACGCUUCAUCUUCAUCUUCUUCUUCGUUGUUGACUGUGUCAAAACGAAGUAAACAACAAUGGUGAAGCAAUCAAAACCUAGAAAACCAGACUCAUUCGGCAAGGGCAAGGUCACCCCAAUCCAGGUCGCAUUCAUCGUCGACAGGUACCUCUGCGACAACAAUUUCACCGAAACGCGCUCCGCCUUCCGAAACGAAGCUUCCUCGCUCAUCGCCAAUUCGCCGAUUAACCAGGUGCCGAAGAGUUUGUUGAGCUUGGGUGAGAUGCUGAAUGAGUAUAUAUGCUUGAAGGAGCAGAAGGUGAUGGUGGAUCGGGAAAGGGUUCUUGUGGAGCAAGAGAAAAACCGGGUUCAGAUGCUGUUGCAAGGAAUGCAUAAUGUCAUGAACGCUUACAAUGCUAGCCGAAGCAACGCUGCGCCUAAUGUCCAUGUAAUGAACGCGAAAUCUGCGGUGGUUCCUCAACCGAAACUUCAGAAUGGAACUCCUCCAGCUCUAACUACUGCUACUACUAUGAUGACGCAAAACACAUUGAACAUUCACUCGCUGCCCCCGUCUAUCAACACUAAUCCAGAGACUGGAAACUUCUCAACACCCAUAGUAAGUGUAUCUAGCAGAAAAAGAAAAGAUACUAAUACAGUGGAUGUCCCUUCAGUUGCAAAGAGAUCUCGUGGUGCAUCAUCCAGUAGGAAAAUUCCUGUCAAAGGUAAAAAACCACUGCUACAAUCAACUAGUGUCAAUAAUCAAGCAGUUUCUCAGCUCUCUUGUCCAACUCAAUCAUCAGCUGGGAACUGCAUACCCAGUGGAUCCGAGGUUCCAGGAUCCAGUGUUGUUAAAUGCUUAUUUAAUCAUCCUGCACUUACUAUUCCUACCAAUUCACCAGUUCCAAAGACACCUCCCAGAUCAAAUUCCUGUCACAGUGAUACAAAUAUAUCCCCUACUGAGAUUUCUUCGGUGGCAACUUGCAACGGGGAGGCUACACCUACUUGUUACUCUGUAGUUUCAACCAAGAGAGUUUUGGUUAGCCCUGCAAAACAGAUGGCUUAUAUAGAGAGCAGUCAUUGCAUUUCUCCUGUUAAGGCGGUGAAUUCAGACAAGGUAAGUAAGAGGGAUCACGUAAGAAGCAGGUUGGACUUUGAUGCCUCUGAUAUGCCUGAGAGCUUGGACAAAUCAUCGCCUAAUGAAAUGUCUACAUCUGAGUCUGACAAGGAACUUGACCUAUUUGACAUUGAUUUUUCUAACUUAGAUGCCUUGGGAAUGGACUUCUCAUUCACUGAAAUGUUAAAUGAUCUAGAAAUUCCUUGUGAAGGCAUUGAUUUUUCUGACAAUCCUGCAUCAAGUCAUUCAAAGGAUAAUCCUUCAGGGUCUUCUCAUGAAUGCAAGGCUAAUCAAGUUAUAUCUGGAUUAUCAUCAACUAAGGCAGAAGUUCUAUCUGAGAAAGACAUGAAUACACUUGGCCCUGAUUGUCUGACUACAAUGAACACUGUCACAAAAUGCAUAAAAACUAUAAGCCCAGUGAAAAAACGCCAGCAUUGUUUAGAUCAGGAGAAUUGUUGAUCUGACUGUUUGAAGAAUGACUCGGGAUUACUUGCUAUGCCUGCAUGCGGCAGAAGAUGUUUAUGUUCAUUGCGAAGAGAAUGAUACUUUGCAGUUGCCCUUGAUUCACGAUGUUAACACCAUUCAUUAAUUCUUUAACCUAUUUGCCUGUUUGGUCAUGAAGACAAAGCUAAAGUGAUGCAAUCUAGAAGCUCUUUGAACAAAAAAUUUCUGGAUCAAAUAUUGUGAAACAGCUUAAAAUGUAUGGGAAAGAGGUGAGGCAGAGACUAAUCAUGCUAGGAAUCUGUGUUAUGAGAUUACUGUAAUUUCCUGAAUUCUGGAUUUGCAUUUGUCGUAUGUUUCAGAACUUUGUAGAAAACUACGAUCAUACUUGUAAUUUUGAAUCCUUGAUCUUCUUUCUUUCUUAAAACUAAACAAUGUAGAGUUGUAUGUGAUGUUUUUAGUCAAUACUUGUUUUAUUUCA